AGAUAGCGCUAGCUGCGUCGUAAAACUAAAAAAACACUUCUACGUAUACAUCCGAGCGCAACGUCGUCUCUGCGCUAUCCGAUGGGCAAUGGAUGAGACUCAGCACGAGCAGGCAGCCGCACCGAAACACUCGUCGUCUUCCUCGUUUGCUUCGUCUUGCGGCGGCGUUCCGCGGAGCAGAUGGCGCACGCCGUGCAUGGGGUUCUCAUGUACUUCGCCAGUCUUCAGCAUCAUUCGUGUAGAGUUUGACAAAAAUGCUGGAUAAGGCUCCGGAUGUGGUGCAAAGACACACAACUUCGCACAAGAACCUCGUCACAGAAGAAUAUUUAUCCGUCUCUUGUUUGUUCGCAGCAAUCGAGGAGCAGGCUGUGGAAGAGCGCGCGAAUUUUCUUCACGACGUCUUGCUGUGCGUAUAGAGUGCAGUCUGCUGCUGGCUUGGUGCGUCGAAAUGGCAUUUCGUCCGAUCCUCCCGUUCAGAUUCGUGACGCUCUGCGCUACCAGCUCCGACUUGGUGAUUCGUGUCCUCUGCUUAGCAGUUGAUGAGUAUCAAUCUAUCCCCCGUUCAUCGGAGAUCACGAAGCACCAGCAAGCCACUGGCGUCGACCCGCUUUCGCAAGUAGCAAGGAAAGAGCAGCAGCUACCGGCAAAUACGUUGCUGGAGAUUGCGAACCACUGGGAAAGCCGGAAGGAGCAAGCGCGCAGCAGUAAAUCCGACCUUGCGGACUUCGGGUAUCGCAAUGCCAUUCGCCGCGCGCUUACAGACAACGCCACGCUUCUACACACCUUCAAGGAACAAGAGAAAUAUCGCGCCGUAAUCGGCGGAGCGGAGCUCGACAGUGGCUAUGCCUAUCUUCGCUACAUGCGCGACUUGUACAUGAUGCUUAGUGUCCGGGGCCAAGCCGUGACGGAUUCGAAGAAGGGCGAUGCCUGUUUAUGCUACCGUCUCCACGGAAGCAGAGCGCAGGCGCACGCAGCGCCGGCGCAGCAAGCGGUGGAAAAUAUGCACCACUCGGAGUCGAGCUCGACAAGCGCAACGGGAGAUGACUCCUCGUCGCAGACCAGUGCGGAUCUGGCACAGGGGAACGCAAACGCGCAAGCUCCGGUGUCCAUUUCGGAGAAGAUUCUCUACCCAAAAAUCGAGGGCCUUCACCAAAACGAGGACGAGCAUAAUUUUCACCGGAUUCGCACCGCAGAUUUCGGUCGCGACAGCUGGCUUCGGACGCACCAGCACGUGUUCGCGCGCAAUUUUUGUGAAGGCCUGGAUUUGUCACUCCUAUUUGCAAAUGAGACUGACCAUGCGCGGGUUCGUCGGGUGAUUUUCGAAGAAAAGGGGCUGGGUUCGCACUAUCAGUAUCAGCAGUCUAGCACAGGAGGUCACAGAAAGGGGGGAGCAGAGGCAGCCACGACAGCACAGCGAGAUGAGUACAAGUGGAGAGCAGAGCUGGAUGCGGGGCGUGGCAACCUCGCGUCCGCAACACCUGGAGGUUUGGCUGCGUUUGACGAUGAAGAGAGUCCCUCAAGCGCCCUUAAAGGAGCUCGCAAGCACGUCAGGGCCGAGACGAACUCGAGUCCGGGCAUUCCCACUGCAAACGAGGUAAAAUCAAGCCGGUGCUGCGAAUCCACGGAUGAAGUACUCGGGCCCUCAGAGCAAGGUGCAGACAGGUGGAUACAACAUCACAACGAGAUCGAAGGCACGCGCCGGUACUUCGCACACCUACGAGAGAUGGAUAGGCACUGCAAAAGUAUGUAUCGUACAGCAUUGCAAAACAAGAAGUAUGAACUUACAUGAAUGUGUCGCACUAGUACAAAUUGCAAUUGGAUGAAUUGCAUACCUACGCAAGUCUUUUCAGAAGGAAAAAGAUAUACAUCGUUUAUCUGGUGCAACUGCAAGUGGUACGGCUAUGCUGAAUAAGAAUACGUAAUUAAUAGUAGCCAGGUGGCCGCGGCCGUCAAAUGAAAUGUGUUCCAAGUAGAACGAGCGCGAUACUACAACUUUUGCAGAGGAUUGCGGAUAAGGUCGGCCAACGAGCCUCACCUCAUGGCGGGAAUGCUGGUAGCACAGCGACGCAGCCCCCGGCUGCUGAUGCAGCCCCUGCGCUUUCCGGGUCCUCGAAAGCAGGUUCUGGGAAUGCGUUUGACUGGGGCGAUCCGGUUGGAGCUGUGUCCGCCACGAUGCUUGGUUAUGCAAAACAAGUUUUGGAGAUGGAAACCCUGUUUGGAUCCCUGCAGAACUUCCGCAUUGCAGAGAUCGGCGUAGGAUUUGGUGGGCUAUGCCAUGCGCUCUUCGCGCGCUACAAAAUGAAGAUAGCGAGCUAUACCCUCAUUGACUUGCCGGAAGCGGAGCAGCUUGCGCUACGGACGUUGCAAAGAAGCUUGGUGGCUGUGCAGGCGAGUCUUGACAGCGGGAGCACCGAAAAUGUCGAACAUAAUGCGGCAGCGACGACGGGUCCUCGUGAUGCAGACAAAUUCUCCGGAGGACGUGCAGGUGUCUUGUUGGAAAUGAAACUGCGUACCUACAAUAGCAGGGCAGAGCAAACUCUGCGUCGGAGCCUUCGGCGCGAAAGGAAGAAGGCAAAAGCUAUGAAGAACACCAACGGCAAGAUGGACGCUGCAACCGCGCUGCUGCGUGGUAUCUAUCGUUCGACGUUGCAGUAUGUGGCAGGCGACGGAGCGGCUGGGCAAAAGAUCCAGCCUGAUGCAAAAGACGUCUUCGUCGAAGAGCACUACAACUCGGAUGCCGACGAGUCCACGCCAGACUACGAUGAUGAUCAGGAGGAAAGAUCGAAACGUCACCGACAAGAGUCCUUGAUUCCCAAUCCAGCGGUGCCGCUUGCUGCCAGCGGACCAUGGCUGCAAGAGCUGGUAAACGCGACCAAGACGCACAGGCACUUCUCCAAAAGCACCGCCGGCGUAUACUUUAGCUACGAUCUCUGCAUCUCCAAUUACGCAUUCAACGAGCUUGUCGACGAGCGGGUGGCGGGGCAGUACGUCCGCGACAUUCUGCGAAAAUGCAAACGGGUUUUUAUCACCUGGGGACUGGCUGCUGCGGACACGGGUGCCGCCUUCGGUGGGCUGCAAACCUCGAAGUGGCAAGUAAAGAUUUUGAAUUCCAUGUGGGAAUUCAGCAGUGAGGCACCAGAAAAGUGGAAAAAAGGCGUAGAAGACACUGCAAAAGAUCACUCUGCAAAACGGGAAACCGAAAAUCCAGCUUCACUUGACGAGGAGACCGCGACGACGGAAGAACGAACGGACGACGAGAGGCUAAAAAUAAACUUCGAGACACUGCAGAGUAAGUUCGACGCACUCCACCACGCGCUCGUACCGUUUUUUAUUUCUGUCCACGAUGUGCCGGUAAUGGGAGGUUCCAUUUGGGCGGAGGCCACCAAUAUGGGAGUGUCAGGUUUGAAAUCGACAAAGUUGAAAUAACUUGUAAUGCAUAAAAUCGAUACCAGUUGGAAGCCCAAUUUUCAAGCGGUGCAUGACAAAUGUCGGCCGCGUCUAAAUCCAGUUUGUCAUGCUGUUUUGGGACAGAAGGCGUCUUUUGUCAUGCUACUGCAGCAGCUCUACCGCAGACCCCAAACAGGCUGACAGUCGGCCUCACUACUUGCGGUCCCUGCAAGAGAGGGACUUCAUGCCUUGCAAUUUAUGCAUGAGAAAUUAUUUCAACUUGACGAUUUCAUUCCUGACGCUUCCAUAACCAAUCGUUUGCUGGUAUAUAUGAAUCCGGUCGUAUCGGUCCUGGAGCCCGGCAGCAUGGUAUAUAAUUGGCAAAUAUGACUUGCAAAAGUAACGUACUCGUAUAAAUGCAUUACAAAUUUCCUCAGCAUGAGAAAUGUAAUGCAGGUUUGCCUUAAGAACAAGAUUUGUAAUGCAAGACUUGCAUUUAUACGAUUACGAUACUUUUGCACAGGAUAGCAAAAUCCGUGGGACUGGGAAACAGGGUUCGGCCGCAGGUAUUUCAAAUACGUAUAAGUUAUAUGUAUUAGUAUUUCAUUCGUUGCAGCAUGCUGUCGCGUUUAACAAUAUAGAAGAAGAAAAGUUUUCCAUAUCUUCCGCAACAAAUAUUGAUCAUCUUUUUUUUUCCACGGUGGUAUACUGCAAAGAGAUACAAGAAGGCUAUACUUUGGUGUGGGGGGGUCCCUUGUCCCUUGACCCUUUUUUUGGCCCGAAAAAGGGACAAGGGAAAAGGGACCGCUUUGAAGCGACGAAAGCGGCGAAAACGUCCCUUGUCCCUCCUCGCGAAGGGACGAAGGGACAAGCAAAAGGGACACGCUGUAGGUCCCCGCGGGGCCGGGAGGCGACCCAGGUUCUGACCGGGAAGGGAGAAAGGGACAGGCGAAAGGGACAAAGGGAGGGGGAGACAAAUGAGGGGGCGGGCCACAGGGGCAGGGGGGAGCGCGGGAGACGGGUCCGAGGGGCAAAGCGAAGGGACCAGGCGACGGGAGAAAGAGAAAGAGAGGAAAAAGGGGACGGCGGAAAAGAGAAAGAGAGAAAAAAAGAGAAAGAGAGGAAAAAGCCGUUUUUUAUUUCUGUCCACGAUGUGCCGGUAAUGGGAGGUUCCAUUUGGGCGGAGGCCACCAAUUAUCAAGUGCAAAAAUGUCUGGGUCUGGAAGAUUGGAACUUGUGAUGCGCAUUUCAGAACACACAAAAAUCUCUGAUGCAUAGGCAACAAGGCUGCUCACUUUCUGUCACCAAAAUGGCGGAUUUGUCAUGCGGAUUCGGCAUUGCGGAGGCUCCUCGAAACGUGUGAUGCUAGAGCUUCCAUGCCAGACCUUCUGUGUCAUGCAGAAACAGCAUGACUCUUCCAGACCCAGACAUUUUUACAUUUGAUACCAAUCGUUUGCUGGUAUAUGUGAAUCCGGUCGUGUCGGUCCUGGAGCUAUCCAGGAAAAAACACCCAUCCCCAUCCAUUUUUUGCAUGACAAAUAGUGGACUUUAUACAUGUUUUGCACGACAAAUUGGAUGGGGAUGGGUGUUUUUUCCUGGAUAGGAGCCCGGCAGCAUGGUCUAUAAUUGGCAAAAUCCGUGGGACUGGGAAACUGGAUUCGGCCGAAGGUAUUUCAAAUAGUGUAAGUUAGUAAACGCGACAGGUACACAAUAAAUAAAAAAUUUCUCAAGAUUGUGGCAUAUGGAAUCUGCAUCGAAAUCUUCCCGAACAAAUAUUCAUAAUUUUUUUUUUUCACGCGGUGGUAUUCCCGAAUGUCAUAGGGUAUACCUGGGUGUGAGGGGGAAAAAAACGGGUUAAUCCGGGUUUUGUCGAAAUCGCGGAAUUUUUUGUCGAUUAGCCCGGUUUUUGUCGAAGCCGCGAAGUAACCGCGGUUAUUGUCGAAAUUUUUGUCGAAAUCCGGGUUAAAUAACCGCGGGCGACACUGUCUGUCGAUUUUCUUGUCGAAAUUUUUGUCGAAAUCCGGGGUUUUCUAACUUUAACCGCCGCCGUCGGCGGGAUCCGCGGUGGUCGGGUCCGCGGUUUCGCCGGGUUGGUCGAUUUUGUCGAAAUCCGGGUUAAUCCCGGUUUCGACACAGAUUUCGACAAAACCGGGAAUAACCUGGAUUUCGACAAAAUUGAGAACAACCCGGAUUUCGACAAAAUCGCGGAUACCCCGGAUUUCGACAAAAUUCCGUUUGCGGGAAGGUGGCGGCCGCUGUCCUCGGGCGGGUGACCCCGUUCCCUUGUGCGGGGGCUCCCUUGGUUUCCUUCGUCUUUUUUUCGCAAAGAAAGUUUGCCUCUGGCGAGAAUCGACCUCUACGGUAGUUUCUUUCCGAAAUAAAAGGCGCGGAUCGACGACGGAGUUCGCGCUCCCCGGAAUCCGACCGGGUCACCCGGCCCUCCCCUUUGCCUCUUUUUCAGGGACCGCGCCAGUGCGGGUGCGGCGGGGCUGCGUCUGGGUAUUAUUUAUUUCUGUCCACGAUGUGCCGGUAAUGGGAGGUUCCAUUUGGGCCGAGGCCACCAAUCGUUUGCUGGUAUAUAUGAAUCCUGUCGUAUCUGUCCUGGAGCCCGGCAGCAUGGUGUAUAAUUGGCAAAAUCCGUGGGACUGGGAAACAGGGUUCGGCCGAAGGUAUUUCAAAUUGUAUAAGUAUUAUACCUGAUUCAUCCGUUGCCGCAUGCUGUCGCGUUCGAACACUAAAUCAAAAAUUUUUCAAGAUUGCGGUGCAUGGCAUCUGCGUCGAAUAUCUUCCCGAACAAAUUUUCAUGAUCUUCUUUGUUACGCAGUGGCACGCUCGAGAGUGAUACGAAAAACGUGCAGCUUGUACAACAGUCACGCAAAAUCGUUUUUUUUGCAUUAAAGAAAUCAUUAUUUAAGCCGAAACCAGCUCGCGUAGAGGCGAAUAUGCAUGAUGAAAAAUUCAUACAGAAGAUGAGUCUAAUAGACCGCUGCAGCUCGCGUGAACACUAAACGUACAAAUGUACAAAGUUACUGCAGGAAAAAAAAAGAUAAUGAAGGAUCCGCGAGAGCACUGAUAUCGUAAGAGUUGUACUUAACUUGUUCAUCGAGCUAAUUACGAAUCUUAUCAACACCAGGUUGAGUUUGUGGUAUUCUGCGAGACAGCGCGCAUAUGGUGGGCAAGUGCGAUAUCUGGCUUGGAAGUCGAAGCUGGACGGUAGGCCGCUGUUGGGAUGGUUAUAUUAACGAGCAGUGUGAUGUGCCUCCUAUCCUCUUCCUCAUCCGAUUGUAGAUAUAGUUUUCAAUGUGUUAUCACGUGUCGCGGCUACGGUUGCGAUCUCUGCGCUGCCAGGGACCAGGGUAUGUCACAGUCACUGCGGCGGGUGUGUUUCGUUGUCUCUCUCUGUCAUCAUCGACGACAUUCUACUUCUUGUUUUCGUCACGAAGCCAUGGCAUUUAGAGGGCCCGGUAGCCCUGCGUGUCUGGUGCUGCUGCUGCAGGCGAAUUUCAAUUUCUUAUACGCCUUGUCUCCAUUCGAAGCGAAAAAAAAAUUGAAAAGGGUACUUAGCGUGUCGACAACCACACGACUUCUACUGCUUCAU